GAAACCAAGACCAGUAAGUCGGGCGGCUCCACCCUGCCUCGGGGCCUCAGUCAGCCCCCGGGGGAGGCCAUGAACACCACGGGGACCCCGGUGGCCUCCGAGUCCUGCCAACAGCUGGCGGCCGGCGGGCACAGCCGGCUCAUCGUGAUGCACUACAACCACUCGGGCCGGCUGGCCGGGCGCGGGGGGCCGGAGGACGGUGGCCUGGGGGCCCUGCGGGGGCUGUCGGUGGCCGCCAGCUGCCUGGUGGUGCUGGAGAACUUGCUGGUGCUGGCAGCCAUCACGAGCCACAUGCGGUCGCGACGCUGGGUCUACUAUUGCCUGGUGAACAUCACGCUGAGUGACCUGCUCACAGGCGCGGCCUACCUGGCCAACGUGCUGCUGUCCGGGGCCCGCACCUUCCGCCUGGCGCCCGCCCAGUGGUUCCUACGAGAGGGCCUGCUCUUCACCGCCCUGGCCGCCUCCACCUUCAGCCUGCUGUUCACCGCCGGGGAGCGCUUUGCCACCAUGGUGCGGCCGGUGGCCGAGAGCGGGGCCACCAAGACCGGCCGCGUCUACAGCUUCAUCGGCCUCUGCUGGCUGCUGGCCACGUUGCUGGGGAUGCUGCCUUUGCUGGGCUGGAACUGCCUGUGCGCCUUUGACCGCUGCUCCAGCCUUCUGCCCCUCUACUCCAAGCACUACAUCCUCUUCUGCCUGUUGAUCUUCGCCGUCGUCCUGGCUACCAUCAUGGGCCUCUACGGGGCCAUCUUCCACCUGGUGCAGGCCAGCGGGCAGAAGGCCCCACGCCCGGCUGCCCGCCGCAAGGCCCGCCGCCUGCUGAAGACGGUGCUGAUGAUCCUGCUGGCCUUCCUGGUGUGCUGGGGUCCGCUCUUCGGGCUGCUGCUGGCUGACGUCUUUGGCUCCAACCUCUGGGCCCAGGAGUACCUGCGGGGCAUGGACUGGAUCCUGGCCCUGGCCGUCCUCAACUCGGCGGUCAACCCCAUCAUCUACUCCUUCCGCAGCAGGGAGGUGUGCAGAGCCGUGCUCAGCUUCCUCUGCUGCGGGUGUCUCCGGUUGGGCAUGCGAGGUCCUGGGGACUGCCUGGCCCGGGCCGUCGAGGCUCACUCUGGAACUUCCACCACCGACAGCUCUCUGAGGCCGAGGGACAGCUUUCGGGGCUCCCGGUCACUCAGCUUUCGGAUGCGGGAGCCCCUGUCCAGCAUCUCCAGCGUGCGGAGCAUCUGAGAUUGCAGCCUUGCGUACGGACGGUGCAGCCACCGGGUGCGUGCCAGGCAGGCCCUCCUGGGGUGCAGGAAGCCGUGUGCACGGAGCCUCGCUUGGAUGGGGAGCAGAGAAUGGGACAGGCCCCCGUGGUCUUCCCGGUGGCCUCUUGGGCCUUCUGAUGCCAAAUGGGCUUCCCAUGGUCACCGUGGACAAGGAGGCAACCACCCCACCCCCCUGGAGGAACAGAGAGUGCCCUGGUGUGGGUUCGAGUGGGUUCCCCACACUCCCACUUCUGUGUGAUCCUUGGGAAGUCCCGGCCCGUCUCCGGGCCUCCGUAGGGCUCCCAGGCUGCAAGGGGUGGACUGUGGGAUGCAUGUCCUGGCAACACUGAAGUUCGAUCAUGAAACGGCAGGGCCUACGCACUGGCUCUGGUCUCUGCAUCUUUUGGGAACCCAGUCUGGGGGCCGGCAGAGGCAGCCGCCUUGGCUUCCUGGCCUGGGGGAUCUUCCCUCACAUCCCCUUCAGCACCAACGGCCUCAGCUUUCCCGGUCUGUAAAGUGGUUUAAUCACUGAAGCCUAAGCACAAGGUUGCCGGUACGCACUCAGCACCAGCCACAGAGGCUGAUGGCUGUGUGUCCCGUGAAACUCCAGUGGAGACGUGCCAGCUCCACACCAUUCAGUACGGCAGACACCAGCCCCACGGGGCUACAGUGCAAGCAGAGAACUGAAUUUCGCAGUGUAGGUUGUGUUUAAUUUGAAUCUGUUUAUAUUUCGGUGGCCCCAUGGGGUGGGUAGCCGCAGUUUCAGUGCAGAUGUGAAGCCGGAAGCCUCCAGCACUUGCAGCUGGCAGACAUUCUCGACCACCUCCUCCCAGGACCAAGCCAGCCCCGUCCCGUCCAGUGUCUGGACAGAGGCAGUCAGAAUCCACCCCACCCACCUCCUGGGCUCAGGCAGCUCUGCUUUAAGUCAUGAUUUCUCCACUGCACGAUGGGGAAUGCGGUGUGUAGGGGCCAUUUACCCACUAAUACAGCAGCCGUGAGGCACACAUGGCUAUUAAAAAUUCAUGGAAAUUGCUGGGCGUGGUGGCUCAUGCCUGUAAUCACAGCACUUUGGGAGGCCGAGGCAGGAGGAUGCUUGAACGCAGGAGUUCAAGACCAGCCUGGGCAACAUGGUGAAACCACAUCUCUACAAAAAAAUCCUCCAAAAUUGAAAAUAUUAGCCGAGCAUGGUGGUGCGUGCCUGUGGUUCCAGCUACUCAAGAGGCUGAGGUGGGAGGAUCACUUGAGCCCAGGAGGUCGAGGCUGCUGGGAGCCGUGAUCGUGCUACUACUUCCCUCCAGCCUGGGUGACAGAGUGAGACACUGUCUCUAAAAAAUAAAAUAAAAAAGAAAGAAAAUUCA